CUAGCAUAAACCUGCAGCGGUCUCUCUCUCCAAGCAAAUUCCUGGAGUUACAGCACAGCUGAGUCGGUACAAUAUGACGCGGUACAAUAUGACGAACAAUAUUGACGUCCACUACGCCACCGAGUCUGAGGCGGCCGCCCUUGGCGGUAUUAAUAUAGCCAGUUUUAGAAAUCAACAAAUGUGGCUAAAUGCUCUGCCGGGAAUCGACCCCGAGGUCUGUACCCCGAUGAAGCAGGCUCGCUGUCUUGAGAAAAUGGCGUCCCCUGAUAUUCAUGUCUUCUCUGCAGUGGAUACCAGUGUCGAUCGGGUAGUGGGGUAUGCCCGGUGGACAGUCCCCUGGGAGGAAAAUAAAGUCGAGUUAUCCGAGGAGGGCAGGGUGAUGGUGGAGAAUGCGAAAAGUUUGAGACCGAAAGAGAUGAGAGAAGAUAUCUGGGAACUGAGCUUCAAGCUGAUGAAAGAGAAAAGGGCAGCUAACGUCAACAAAGAUGAUAUGAUUUUGGAUAUUCUAGCCAUUUCACCCGAAUACCAAGGAAAAGGGAUCGGCAGCAAACUACUACAGUGGGGGACUCAACGCGCUGAUGCCCGGAAUGCGCGAAUCUAUCUUGAGGCCACUCUCGAGGGAUACCCGCUCUAUCGCAAGUACGGGUGGCACGAAGUGGACAGACUUGUGAUCGAUUAUGCGCAAUACGGUGGUACAGGCCAGAUAACAUUCGUGCUGAUGAUGCGAGACCCUCAGAGUCCAGCCGUGAUGCAAAACUAAUCAUGUUCGACGUUCAGUUGCGUCGACACCGGUCAUCCAUCACAUCCCCAAUCAGCCUGAGGCAGCCAAAAGGUGCAUGAUAAGUGAUCAGCUGAUGGCAGAUAACGGCAGAACCUGCCUAAUAUCGCCUAGCGGCUUGGCAGGAUGAUCAUUACUAGGGGCGUUGAUUGGUCAGGGUGGGAUUUGUAUGUACAAUCGAAGCAUCCGCGUCGAACUGCCAGGAAGGGCUAAAGGCUGUGUGAUAGGUGUGCUCUUAUAAGAA